AAAUCACUUAUUAUCUGAACUAUCGUAUGGCAACGCCGUCAUCAAGCUGAUUUUGACAUUUGAAUGUCUUUAUUUACAUUUGCACUGUAUACAAAAAUAAAUCAUAAUCACAUCACAUCUUAAAAUCGCACAGAAAUCGACAGAGAAAUAAAAGUAAGGCCCUGAAAGCUACCAACUCAUAGUAAUAAUUAUAAAUUUACAUACGUGGCUCCAGUGCAAAUACCAUACAAGAAAGGCAAAGUAAGCAGCGCGAUAUCAUCUUGAAUAUACAUAACAAGCAAAUUCACAAAUAGAUACACAACACCUACGCUUACGACAUAAAAAUGUUUUUGUUCGACUGGGUGCUGCAACGUAUUUUGCCAGUGAUCUUCCUUUAUCUAAGGCCGUUUAUUAAAUGGUUUUUGCACACAUUCACUAGACUAUGUGAGCUGCAACGCAUUGUAUAUGGUGCACAAGCAGGUGCAAGUCGUACUCGUCAAGUCGAACGGUCGUUAAUGCUAUCACAAAAUGUCGAUAUACAGCAAUUACUGCUCGAAUUGGAUACUGCGGUAGAGACAUGUAGUGAAGAUGAACUACGCCAAUUACCUGUACGCGCUGUUAGUGUGGUACAACGCGUAAAGCGUAUAAAAUCAAAAAUYCAUCCUGACUUUGCGCCCCUCUUUGGCACUUGUGUACUGCACAUAUGGAGUUAUCGACAACUGCUACAUCAGGUAGAACGGUUACGUGCAGAGCCAUACGAUGCAAAUAACUUGAAUCACGAACAGAAGUUAUUAGAAUUAUGGAACCGUUUGAUGCCAGAAGAACCACUGGAAGGACGCAUCACAAAGCAAUGGCAGGAUAUUGGCUUUCAGGGUGACGAUCCAAAAACGGACUUUCGCGGUAUGGGUAUACUUGGUUUGGAAAAUCUUCUCUUCUUCUCACGCGAAUACCGUGACGCAGCACAUCACGUCCUGUUACAUUCGAAACAUCCUGUAUAUGGUUAUACAUUCGCCAUAGUGGGUAUUAAUCUCACCGCGAUGGCAUAUCGCUUGCUCAAGUCUGGCGAUGCUAAAGUACAUUUCUAUAAUGUGGCGAAUUCACUUAAUCAGGCCUGUUCGCUUACACAUUUUCAUAAAUUUUAUUGCUAUUUACUUUUCGAAUUCGACCGGUUCUGGUUAGAAUCGGAACCAACGAAUAUAAUGGAUUUCCGUGAAAUAUAUCAACGCUUUGAAAUAUUAAUCAUGGAAGCUUUACAUAAUGACAAAACACUAUUCAAAACGAAUCUCGUAGUGGAGGAUGUUUAAAAAGUGAGACAACAACGUUUUAGCUAAUAACUAUAUAAAAUCUACACUGUACAAUUUAAAAGAAUGUAUGUAAAAUUAAGUAAUAUUCUAGCACUAUUAAUUAAAUAUAAUUGAAUAAAUGUUUAGAUGCAUUAUUAUGCAGCUUUUCA